CGGGUUAAAAGAAAAAAAAUUUCAUACUAGGUUCGAAGCUCAGAAUGUGUGGUUCAUGCGUUUCGGCUGCCGUUUGAAAUCGACCGUCGGAUACAAAGCAAAGUGAAUUUGGGGAAAAUUUAAUUUAUUUAAUACUAAAUGAAAAAGUAAUUAAAUGUAAAUGAAAUGAAAUCAAUUAUAAAAUGUGUAAUUAAUGAGUGUGAAAAAACUGUUUGCGAAUUGCUGAAAAUGUAAAGUGUUUAGAUGUGUGGCUUCGUUUCCUUGUGCGAAAGAGGUUCAGCCAUUAAAUAUCACAACACAACCGCACAAUCACAUCAGUUGCAGCCCCAGCAUCAGUAUCCAGGAUCUAAGUAGCUCUUUGGUGUCAUCGUCGGCGCCGAAAGCGUCACCUCUGUUUGCGCAACGAAAUCUCCUGCACUGCCACCAAACAAACGUGUUCUCACAUACAUACGAGUACAUAUAUGCAUGAAUACUAUGUUCAGCAGGGACUUGCUGGUCGUCGUAUAUUAAGCAUCGUCGUCCGUCUUCGAGGUCCUUGUUGUGGCUUAACUUAUAAACGGAUUUGAAACACACACACACACACACACACACUCACCAAAACGACUAAGAAGUGAGAAGAAAGCGUAACGGAGAAAGCGUUGCGAAAGAGACUUUAAAUUAAUUGGGGCUUUUGUGUGAAAAUGGGUGAUUACCAUCAUGAGUACACGGACCAAUAUAAGGUGCCGGUUAUCGCGAAGCUUCUGCACGCAUUGCCGCACUACAACAUCACUUUCCACAAAAUCAACAGCACAUUUCGCCCGAAUGAUGAAAUAUAUUUGGAGAGUUUGGGUAUAUUGGGUUCCGUGCCGGCCGCGCUCCUCAUCAUCUCUCUACUUGGAUUGCUACUCUACUUAAUGACACGAUGUUGUGACAGGAAACCACGACCAGCUCAUUCCAUUACAAGUUUAAAAGUUGCUCUAUCCAUUGUAACGGUAAUGUGUUGCGCGGCAAUAGGACUUGGUUUAUAUGGCAACGAUGAUCUUCAUAAUGGCCUGCUUGAAGUGUUGACUGCUGGCCGCAAGGUUGAUAAUUUGGUAACCACUAUCCGCAAUCAGACGCACAUAUUGGAGAAUACUUUAAAGAAUCGUAUACGGCCACAACUGGUUGAGUUGGCCGACAUUUUCGAUCAACCCGUCUCAAAUCAGACUGCACUCUCCAUACUCUUCGUCUCAUUGAAUAUUGUGCAAGGCAAUGUGACGUUGGCCACUAAUGCUGCUGGUGAUAUACGUCGACCACUGUUGGGCAUUUCCAUGACACACUUUCUUUCGCGUGGCGAUCAAUGGGAGCUCAUUCGUUGGCCGGGUACGGUGGCCACGCUCGCUCUGCUAUUGGUGCUUUGUGCCGUUUUGUUGGUAGGUGUGGCACGUCAUUCACGUUGUGCGCUCAUAUUAUUUAGCGUUUGUGGUUUGCUGGCGGUCACCGGCUCUUGGCUGAUGUCUGGCCUCUACCUUUCUUCAUCGGUUGCUGUUGGAGAUCUCUGCAUUAAUCCGGCUGAUUUUUUGGUAUCCACCUCCCCACGCGAUCUUCCGACCAAUGUUCUUUUGCACUAUACUCAAUGUGAACCCGGGCACACUAAUCCUUUUACCCAACGGCUUCGCGAGUCGCAAAAUUCUUUAAACAACGCACGUAGCGCCAUGGCUACUGUAAUGAAGAUUUCCUUGGUACUCUUCAAAUCGUCGGGUUUGCAACCGAAAUUAGGUGCUGUUAAUGCGGAUUUAAAUAGUAGUGAGCGGCUACUCACUCAACUCACAGCCUUGGUGGACUGUAAGGCUGUACAUCACAAUUUCUUGGCAGCCGCAAGAGGCCUCUGCGAGGGCGGACUAUUAGGGUUGGUUCUGAUGUUGAUUGCUAGCUUUAUCGCCGCUAUACUGCUUACGAUUAUGGUUUGGGUUGAUUCGCACACUUGGAUCUACAUACGAAAGCGAAAUGAUUACGCCCAGGUUGACGAGCCGUCGUAUAUAUCGCAUCCAGCGCCACAAAAUCAUCAACAGAUGAUGAAUGCGGCACGCACAUUGCCACGCAAUCACAACGGGCACUUCAGUCCGCCGGUCAUAAGUGGCUCCCACACCUUGCAGCACCCAUCGAAGCGGCAACAGCACGAGAUGAUGGCGCACGCACACAUGCAGCAGAACAUGAGGGCUAUGGGCACGCAUACGCUAGGUCGUUUGCCGUCGCACAAUCAUAGCCCUACCCACUUGACUGGUCCCAAUAACGUAGCCUGUAGCGAUCCCGCACGAAGUCAGCCGGCAUUAACACCGCAGCAACAAGCAGCACAGCAACAAGCAGCACAGCAACAACUCGCUCAACAGCAAGCUCAACAAUUGGCCGGUCAACCGAUCUACUGUCACCAUCCGCAUCCACAUUCGCAUGCCGCCGUUGCAGCUGCUGUUCAACACCAACAUGCCAUCUAUCAUCAACAACAACAGGCUGCUCAACAGUAUGGUACAUAUGGCACAGCUGCUCAUCCGCCACCACAUCAAAUGACAGCAGCUCAGCAUGGUCAAAUUUAUCAGCAAAUACCGGCACAUAUUGCUGCCCUACAGCCAAAUGGUAAUCCGCAUUCCAUCUACCAACCAUUGGUGGCUGUUAGCCAAGGCUCAAUUUAUGUCUCGAAUAUGGCAACGAUGCGUCGACAGCAGAACUCGCAAGCACAAGGACAUCCACAGAUACCGCCUCAUCAUGUACCGCCACAUCAGCAACAACAGCCACCGCCACCACACCAACAGCAGCAGCAACACAAUCAAAUAAAGUCACCACAGGAUGGACUACAUCAUCGUGAUAUACCAGCUACGUCUGCCAUGGAAACGGCAAUUUACGAUCGCGACAAACAGAUUUAUAAGUGCUCAACUCUGCGACAAGGCGGCAAGUUUGAUCCAAAGUAUAAACCUUCGAUACUGAACUGUCCACUGCCUGAGAUACCGAAAGACGCCGAACCGGCUAAGGUUGAGUCGAUCUAUCAGCAGCAACAGAGUUACUCAAAGACGCUGCAGCGGCCACCAAUGAAACUGCCACCACAAAUGAAAGCCAUACCACCGCCUCGAAUUGGCACACCUACAUCGUCGCCGCCAUCGAAUGCGAGCGCGCACGCUGACCCACAACAUGCUACUAGUGGACAGCAGCAACAACUACACCAAAUUCCAAACGGAACAAUCACAACAGGGGAGAUUCGACUUUCGAGUGACGAUUCAUCACUGCCCUUGCCACCGCCACCGCUGGAGGCAACCACUGAAGUGGGUACUAUCGGUGUGAGUGGCGUUAGUGUGGUUGGUGGUGGUGGUGGUGGUGGUGGAGGUGCCAUUCAUUCGCCACUCAAACCCGGUCAUGCAUUGAAUAAUAAUAAUAAUAACAACAGCAUAAACUCGAAAAGCAAUAACAGCAACAAUUGCCAACAAAGCAACAACGGCGCAAACAAUGGCAGCAUUGCCAGCAACAACAGCAGUGCCAACAAUAGCGGCAAUAAUAGCAGCAGCAGCAACAACAGUAGCAGCGCCACUACGUUACCGUUACACAAUGGCAGUUCGGCAAAUAAUCUGGACGAUGAUGAUGAUUUGCCACCCCCACCACCGCCCGCCAUCACCGACGACUCCAACUAUGCAGUGACAGAACUGUAA